CAACGCAUGAGAUGCGCUUCGGUUAAAAACAAUGUUGUCCGCAGAAUGGCUUAUCAGUGUUUUCUUAUAUCUGGCACUAGCGCUGCAUCCGGCCAACGCGAAGGGCCGUUAUAAUAUCAGCUUUGCACAAUUGGACACAUGCGACAGCAUUGAAAUUGAUAAAUUCGCUGGAUAUGCAUACAAAGAUUUUUUUAUGAUACACACUUUGGAUAAUAAUAAUAUCCUGCCCAAUGAGCGUCUACAUUUAAAAUUUUAUGUGCUAACGAGCAUGGAUGCCCAUAUAUUACUUUCGGUAACAAAUCACCCGCGUCCCGAGGAUCGAGUAUACGAAAUAGUAAUUGGAGCUGGUGGAGAUACAUUUUCCACCAUUCGCACAAACAUGGGAAUGAAGCGAGUCUCAACAAAUCAAGAUAUUGAAUUACUUUCGGUGUAUGAGCCAACGCCAAUUGAAAUCGUUCAAACUAAAGAUGGUGACUUGUAUGUCUAUAUUCCUGGCUUUAAGAAGGAGCCACUGCUUCAUUAUAUUGAUCCCUCCCCGCUGAAUAUCAACUACAUUAGCUUCAGCACAUUUGGAAUGAACUCCGCGCGCUGGUUUUAUGAUUGCGCCUUUGAUGGAUUUACGAAUGAAAUGGAGCGGGAGGAGCAUGAGCAAUCCGUUGAAGAUCGUUUGCUGGGCGCUUUAAUAUAUCAGGGUGCGAACAGCAGCUUGCCCAGUAAUCUGACUGAGGUUCAGUUUAAUUUUCAAAUGCAAUCGCUAGCUUACGAUCCAUCUAGCGCCCAUUUGCAUGCGCGUAUGCAACUGAUGAUGCACUGGCAAGAUGAUCGACUACGCUGGCAACCGGAGAGCUAUGGGCGACUGACAUCGUUUGAGCAUCCACUAUUACAAAUAUGGACACCUCACUUGGUGAUACUAAAUGGCGCAUUGGAGUCGUUGGGUAGCGCAUUAAAAGACUUUGAAUUGCGAGUUUAUAGCAAUGGCAACGUCAGUCUCCUGGCCAACAAUUGGGAAUCGACGACAUGGUGCGUGGACACUGAACGUAAUUGGCCCGAUGAGCGUAUUAAUUGCGACAUCCAACUGGGCAUCGAUCAGAACCAGGCAAAGAUAGCUUUGACCCACGAUAAUGAACGAAAGCCGCUGGCGCACAAUGAACAUGUAAAUACGCCCUCUGGAUGGACUUUUGUAAAAAUAGCCGUGGUGCAUGUAGAGAAUGCAACUACUCUGCGCUAUACACCCAAGGGUAUACUGCAGACAAUGUCUGGCGAUGUGGCCAUAGGAUUCACAUUGCAUCGAAAUGGCACCUUCUACAGACUGGUCUUUGCCAUGCCAUUGUAUGCAUGUGAAAUCUUCUUGGGACUCUCAUUUCUCUUACGUGGCUAUCGACGCGGCGCUCUUAUACUUAUUGUUGUCAUGCUAACGGCGUGGGGUCUCAUGUAUCUUACGCGCCACGCCUCGCCGCACUAUGUGCCGCCUCUCAUGUCAGCCUAUCAGCACAUUAUGCGAGCUUCCGUUUAUUGUUAUUUGCUGCAUAUCGCCAUCAUGUGGCUGGAACGUUAUCCACCUCGCGCCAAGGCGCCAGCCUGGCUUGUGUCCCUGAUGAAUUGGAGCCCAUUGCGUUUAAUUCUGGGACUUCGUAUUUCAGAUUCAACGGAAUUCUGCGAUUCACAAGCUCGACCUUGGCGUCAACUUGCUAAAGUUCUGAACAAUGGAAGUUUUAUUGGUGUCAAUAUUUGCUUCAUUUUACUAAAUACGAUCGAUUUACCCACACAUUAGAGUA